AUGGCCGAGAAGCCGGCGGGCCCGGCCUCCAGGUCCAGGAUCCGGGGCGGGCUCGCCCCCUCCGCGCCCUCCUCCAGGAGGGUGGUCUCGAUGGCGUACACGGCGGCUCCGCAUCAGGCCAAGAAGGUUCCUGAGCCGAAGGUUGUGAAGCCAGCAAGAACCACGCCGGCCAAGAGGCGGCAGCAGCUGGAUCAGGCGCAGAAGCAGAGGGAAGAGCUCGCUGCGUUGCAGGAGCAGCUUGGUGGCUUGCAGGGAAAACUGCUUGAGAAAGACGAAGCUCUGAGGUCCGCAGAGAACUUGAUUAGCCGGAUCAGUGUUGCGAACGAAGAGGUGGAUGAAUUGAGAAGCCAGCUUAAUGAUAAGGAAUCGCUUGUUGAGUCUACUGGCUCCGAGUUGCAUGGUGCAAAGAUUAUGUUGGCAGAGAAGCAAGCAGCAUUGGAGAAGCUAGAAUGGGAGGCAAAGAUGUCAAGUACAAAAGUUGAAGAACUUGAAGUGGAUGUAGCCUCUAUGGAUGUUGAAAUCUCUGCUCUGAUGAAGGUAUUCAGGAAAAUAACAGAGAACAACCGAGCCUCUCAUCCCACGGAGAGAUCUGACGAUUCAUCGUUGGAAUGUGAACCAGUUCAGCUUGAUGAUACGGUAGGUGAUAUUGAUACGGAGAAGAUGGAGCAGGAAAUGUCAGCCUACGUCACGGCUCUAGCAGCCGCGAAAGACAAUCCUACGGAGGAGUUCCUGAAGGCAGUAACUGAGGCAAGGCUGAGACUCCAAGCGUUUGUACUCUAA